AUGGAGAUCGACAACCAACAGUCACACUCACAGCAAUCGCAGCUACAUUCCCCUGCUCAUUCUCAAGAGGACCAUUCCCAAUUACCGCAAGGGAAUUACCUCUAUUCUUCAGACCAAGAACAACAGUUCUACAAUGUCGGUUCGCCUAUGCAGUCUUAUCAAGUCGUCCCGCACGACAAUCCUACGCGCCACUUGUCUGAAAUGCAACAACAGUCAGGGAUGCAUUUCCAGAGCAUGCCCAACACCGUGAUGUAUCAAAGCCCCGUGUAUUCCGCAUCGCCGCCUCAUGUUUCAUUACCUAUUCCGCAUUCACCUCCACCACCCUUUCCUGAACUCUACGAUCCUCUAUCUCCUCCAAUCUCGGGCUCAGAUACAUCAGCCGACGGCAUUUACAACAGCAGCGGCGGAAAUUCUCCUUCUUCAUCCCGUGCCAACAGUCUGGUCCACAGAAACGCUCGUUACAACCCAACUCCUUCUCCCACUAGCUCUUCUGGCAGAAGAAGUCGAGGUCGAUCUCACAACGACUCUGACGAAGACGACAUGGGUGCUAAUUACGCCGAGAAUCUCGCUCACAACAGAAAAGAGGCUACCCGUAGACAGAGGAUAGAGGCUGAACAACGAAGACGAGACGAACUCAGGGAUGGCUAUGCUAGACUCAAGGAUGCUUUACCUGUCUCCAACCAGAAGAGCAGCAAGGUUUCGUUACUGGAGCGAGCUACUAACUACAUUCAACAAUUGGAAACCCAAAAUCAGGAAUUGCAGAAUCGUCUUCAAUAUUUGGAGCAAGAGAUGCAGCGACUUCGGGCCCUCAACGAAAAGAUAUCUUUACCGUCACGCGACUCUCCCUCACCUGGGACUUUCGAUGCUGAUGCACGACCACUAUCGCCACCGCCCGAAACAUCUAUACCCAACCAUAGUCAUGCCAAUGUUUCCGGACGGACUCGUCCUGUUUCGGAGGGUUCCAGCCCGUCCAACUCAGAGAAUGGCUACUAA